AUGAGCGGGGACGUGGCAGAACGCGAACGAUGGUCGGCGACGGACCCGGCGGGCCUGUUUCGGGCUGGGCACGUGGUGAAGAUGUGUGCCCCGAUGGUCCGCUACUCCAAGCUGGCGUUCCGCACUCUGGUCCGGCGGUACGGCUGCGAGCUGUGCUACACCCCCAUGGUUGUGGCGGCCGACUUCGUGAGGUCAGCCAAAGCCAGGGACAGCGAGUUCACAACAAACAGAGGUGACAAUCCAUUGAUUGUUCAGUUUGCUGCUAAGGAAGCACAAGUUUUAUGUGACGCUGCCCUUCUCGUCUGUCCUUUCGCAGAUGGAAUAGACCUGAACUGUGGCUGUCCUCAGAGAUGGGCAAUGGCAGAAGGUUAUGGUGCCUGCUUAAUAAAUAAACCGGAGCUGGUUCAAGAUAUGGUGAGACAUGUACGGAAUCAGAUCGACAAUCCUGGAUUUUCAGUGUCUAUUAAAAUAAGGAUACACGAAGACUUAAAAAAAACAGUAGACCUGUGUAAAAAAGCUGAAGCAACUGGAGUUUCAUGGAUUACAGUACACGGGAGAAAUAUAGAAGAAAGACAUCAGCCAGUACAUUAUGAUGCAAUUAAAGUAAUUAAAGAAAGCAUGCACAUACCUGUUGUGGCUAAUGGAGACAUCAGAACUUUAAAAGAUGCUGAAAAUGUUCAUCACUUGACAGGAGCAGAUGGUAAGAUUAAACAGAUGACUGUCCAGUGGACGGCGGUUGCCGCCUUCCUGUACGGCGAGGUGGGAGUGCUGCUCGUGCUGUGCCUGCCCUUCAUCUCCCCGCUGAGAUGGCAGAAGAUUUUUAUGAUUCCUCUAUGGAGCAAAAUGGCUGUCUUUUGGAACAAAAUGUUCCUUACAAUAAUAGUUCUACUGAUCAUCUUGUUUCUUGAUGCUGUUAGAGAAGUUAGAAAGUAUUCAGCCAUUCAGGUGAAUGAGAAGGUUGCAAAUGUCAAUGCCAAUGCCAUUGAUCACAUUCAGAUGAAACUCUUCCGGUCACAAAGAAACCUUUAUAUCUCAGGUUUUUCCUUAUUCCUGUGGCUUGUUUUGAGACGUACUAUUACCCUUCUUACUCAGUUGGCAAAAGGAAUGGCAUCUCAUGCAGCUCUGGAAACGCAAGUAAACGACGCAACCAAAGCAGCCAAAAAAUACAUGGCUGAGAAUGAGAGGCUACAGGAGGCCCUGAAUGAAAAAGGAAGCGGUGAAAAUAAAGAGGCGAUGGAAACAACUAAUGGAAAAUUGAGGAAGGAAAUUGGACAGUUGAAAGCAGAGUUAGAGAAGACGUCUAAUGCUCUCCACAAGGCAAAUAAUGAAGUGGCAGCAGUUAAAAAGCAGUCUGAAGGCCUUAAAAGAGAGUACGACCGUCUGAUGCAAGAGUACGGACGACUUCAGAACGCUUCAAGUGAAGCAGAAGACAAGAAAGACCUGUAAGUGUGCGUCAGGCAGAUGGCAUUGGUAUAAUUGUUUCAGUGUGAAAAGCCUCGUGCUGCUUAGGCUCCUGAUGUGCAUCUGAAACAAAGCUUCACUUUCCUGAGAAGCACAUGCACUGCUGGUCACAAUCCAGAUUCCACUCAUAUAUCUUGGUUGCCAAUAUAUUAUUUGUUUGAAAUAAAAUGUUAAGUGGCUUACCAGGUUUGCCCUGGAGUUUGUUGCUGCUCUUGAGAGGAAAAACAUGAAAACCUUCCAGUUCACCUGGAGCAACCAAUCUCCCAGCUCUCGCCUUCCAAAACAGUAAAAAUUAGUGCACCAUGGCACCAUUUGCUUGUAACAUUAGAGUGGGAUUGUAUGUCAUGCUGAAUGAUAAAAAACAACCACUUAAACAAACAUCAUUUGUAACACCUCAUUGGAAUCUUCAAAAGUACAUUUACAGUAGACUGAAGCUUUUCAUCAAUCGUUCUCUUUCCAUGGAAAACUGAAUGACAAUCAAUCUAAAGAAAGUUACUAAAUAAAGGAAGGUAUUUUUAAAUCCAUCCUGCUAGCUUCUGACUUCCACUUAGCUGCACGGAUGAGCAUAUUUUAACAAAUGAUAUUUUGCAUUACUCUGGCUUAUUUUUCUUCAAUUGAUGGGGUUACAUCAGUUUUCAUAACCAAAGUUUUGAAUUGGUUGCUAUUCAUAUUCUGUAUUUUUACACUGUUUACACAUGCUUAAUCAAUACAUGCCACCUAACUGCUUUUGCCUUGCUAAAAAUUCUUCUAGAAUGUUGGAGGAUAGUUGUGUUGGUUUGAUUUUUUUGUUGUUGUUGUUUUCAUGAAUACAAUACCUCAGAAUAAAUGUGCACUGUUCUGCAUAAGCCCUCUUUGGCAUUCUGAAAGUUAUUUUGAGUUUUUUUUGUUAGCUGGUUCCAAUUUGUAUUCCAAAAUUGGAUAUGUUUGUUAUAUUAAAGAGAUUGCUGAAGUU